AUGCCCUUGAUUCUUGAAGUCUGCGUUGACUCGAUCGAGUCUGCUUUGGCAGCCGUUGAAGCAGGGGCAGAUCGUCUUGAACUCUGCAGCAAUCUAGGUAUUGGAGGAGGAACUACCCCUAGCCUUGGGCUGUUGAAAGCUGUUCGAAAGAGGGCACCUACAGUUCCGAUAAUGGUUAUGAUCAGACCUCGGACUGGUGACUUUGUAUAUACUGAGGCUGAAUUCGACGUGAUGGUCGAGGACAUACGUUGCUUUAGAGAGAAUAGCGUUCAAGGCGUCGUGUUCGGCGUUCUCUCUCCCGAAGGACAUGUGGACGUGGAUCGUACUCAGCGACUCAUUGGCGUAGUCUGCUUUCAUCGAGCGUUUGACAUGACUCGUGACACGAGGAAUGGCAAGGGGAAAUCCACAUGGUACCAACUGUCCAAAAUCGACGGAAUAACCCGCAUUCUAACGAGUGGUCAGGGAAUUACCGCCGCCUCAGCUAAUUCUCUCAAUGUCUUGAAGGAUUUACUUGACCUCGCCAAAAAUCAGGAUACACGGAUCGAAAUACUUCCAGGAUCUGGCAUAAAUUCAUCCACUAUCGGUGCUUUAUGCCAGGCGUUGCUGCCUCAUGGGCUGCGUGAAGUGCAUAUGAGCGGUGGACAUUGGAUCGAUGGAGCUUCGAUUUGGCGUCGAGACGGAAUGGGAAUGGGGAUUGGUGGACCCGGUGAAUGGGGAAUUUGGCGGACAAGCGCAAGCGCAAUCCGUGAAGUCAAAGAUGUCAUCAACUCCUUUAGAGAAGCAUGA